AAUUUUCAUUAUGCAGAAUGUUGCACAUGUUAUAUUACUUUCUACUAUUGUUCAUAAGUGUAUUUUUUCAAGUGCUGCAUCUUCUCUAGAUGAGCCCAUAUUUCAACGGAUAUUUCCCAUUCGAAUGUCUACCUGUGACAACAGCCUGGCUUAUUCUUUUCCGGAGAACAAAGCGUUUAACCAAACACGACACGUUAGAGUUGUAGCUGAGGAAUGGCUACCGUUUGUGAAGGUGGACGUGAUUGGUGCUUGUCUGGCAGUCCGGGGUCCAAUGGCCGAAAUUCUACAUCUCCUGUCAACUAAUUUAAAUUUUACUAUUGGUCAGAAAAACAUUUGCAAUAUUCUAGACUGGCAAGAAGCCGAAUUCCUUUUGACACCAGUCUCAGCUAAUUUCGAAAGACUUGAAGUGGCCGACUUCACAAGACCUUUAAUGGUUGAUCCUCAAGCCUUAUUGGUUGCUAGUCCAACUGAGGAGAACAAUGCUUUCGGUUUGUUUUUAUCCUUAAAUUGGGAAGUGUGGCUAGCGUUAUUAAUCAGUAUGUUCAGUCUUUCGUUCGUCAGCUGGAUUUUCGAUAUAAUUAAAAAGAAACAACCGUUUGAAGAGAAGACUUCUGGAGUUUUGGACAAUUUGUGGCAUUUCUUUAUAUGCAUUUUAUUACAAGGUUUCGAGCGUUUGCCUUCUAGUUUCUCAAAGCGAUUUCUGAUUGGAGUUUGGUUGAUUGGAUGUUUUGUGACAAUGUCAGCUUUUAGCGGACUAUUAGUUUCAAAGUUAACACUACGGAAAGCCACAAAUAGGAUUGAUAGCCUGGAAGAUCUUCUGGAGCGUCCACAAAUUACUCCUGUUAUUGAAAGAGGCGGUUUUUUCGAAUCAGUUAUUAAGGAAAAAGAAAGUGGAGUAUACAGUCAACUGUGGGAUAUUGUAUCUAAGUCUUCGGAAAAUCGGAAACCAAUGAGAGAGAUGUUAACCGAUGGAAUGAUUGACAAGAUAGAGGCCAGAACACAUGCUAUUUCACUGCAGUUUAUAACUCUGAAGUCAAGGAUCAACAGCCGUUUCGAUUAUAAAGGACAUUGUUCCUUGUAUAUCGCUAAAAAAACGUUUUUUCCCAAGAUUACAGUAGCAGCCAUGAGAAAAGACAUAUCCGUUGUUUUAAAACAACAGAUAAAGCAAAAAGUUUCUUUAGCAGUGGAUCACGAUCAGCUUGGAUAUUGGAUAGAGCUGAUGAUGAGAAACUACCAAAGAUGUAUGGCAUCUGUUCCAUCCUCCUUUCGUUCACUCAGAGUGGAAGACCUUCGGGGUGCAUUCUUCUGCUUGUUCAUGGGAUUAGGUUUAGCUGUUAUCGUUUUCAUUUUGGAAACAAUAUUUGCUUUAAGUUAUUUAAGAAGGAAGCCAAGGUGUUUGUCUAACUCUUGA